ACACAGACGGAUGUUGUAGAACCUAUAUUGAAGGCAUUUAGGUGAAAAAUCGUCUGAAUUCAUGGCGUAGAAAAGGCAUUAAUCUUCCCGAAUCAGCGGACAGUUUCUAAAUUCUUUAGAAAAAAUGUUAAGAGUAAGAAGCCAAGCUGACAGUCAAUCAUGAUGAGUCUAGAAAUGAACUAUUAAUUUCACUGCACCAAAAGCUGUAGGAGGAUGAUAAUUUAGGAUUUCUUGAUUCCUCCACUCACCUAAUUUGUGCCCAUCAUGUUUAUGACGGCAUACCUAGCAUUUAUAGUCCUAGCAGGACUGUGUGUGGCUUUGGAGAUCACAGCCCGGCGUCUCACCUUAUCCCAGGCCACACAGACAGCAGUCGCCAAUCCGGCUUUCCGUCGUUUCCAGAAGCUCUUUCUGAAGGCGUAUCUCCUGGCUCUCUGGGCAGACUGGCUGCAAGGACCUUACCUUUAUAAACUGUACCGACAUUACAACUUCCUGGAGUCACAGAUUGCCAUCCUAUACGUAUGCGGACUGGCAUCUUGUGUGCUGUUUGCCCCGGUGGCCGGAUGGCUGCCACAGUUUCUCGGCCGAAGACAGACGUGUCUCCUCUUCUGCUUGGCUUAUUCAGUAUGUUGCAUCACUAAACUCUCACAAGACUAUUUUAUGCUCAUAAUAGGACGUGUAUUAGGCGGACUGUCCACUUCUCUGCUAACAACCACCUUUGAGGCCUGGUAUAUGCACGGUCACGUUGACAUUCAUGACUUCCCUAAAGAAUGGAUUCCUGUUACGUUUGGUAAAGUCGCCAAUUGGAAUUAUGGACUUGCAGUUGGUGCCGGACUAGUGGCGAAUUUGUUCGCAGAAUGGCUUGGGUUGGGACCAGUCGCUCCAUUUAUUUUGGCUAUCCCAAGCCUUGCUACUUGCGCCUGGUUUGUGCUGUCCGAAUGGGCUCAGGAGGACAAACAGGAAGGCAUGAAUGGAGACAAAAACACCCCCCUUCUUAACUCUCUAAACACUCCCAAGUUGCAAUUGUCAGCACGUGCCCGUUUUUGGCGUAGCUGUGUGGACGGCCUUCGAUGCCUGCUCUCGGACCGCCGCGUUAUGCUUUUAGGAGGCGUUCAGGCACUCUUUGAAAGCGUGCUAUAUAUUUUUGUAUUUCUGUGGACGCCUGUUUUGGAUCCUCACGGUCCACCUUUAGGAAUAGUGUUCUCCAGUCUGAUGGCGGCCACCAUGGCAGGCUCCACGCUUUUCCGAUUGGCCACAUCAGCCCCAUAUCGACUCCAACCCGGUCAUCUGCUCUGCUUAGCCGUUCUUCUAGCGUUCUUCUCCUUCUUCAUGCUGACGUUCUCCACUGUUCCUGGCCAGCCCCGACCCAGGGAAUCUCUGCUCGCUUUCCUUCUACUUGAGCUGGCUUGUGGGCUUUAUUUCCCAGCAGUGAGUUUCCUCCAGGGUCGUGUGGUUCCAGUGGAGCGCAGAGCUGCAGUUUUGGCUUGGUUUCGUUUGCCUCUGCACCUCCUGGCCUGUCUGGGACUGCUGGCGCUUCACGGGGAGGUUUCAGGGGCUGGUGCUGGAGAGGCUGGCAGCGGCACCAGGCACAUGUUUGCAGGCUGUGCUGGGAUGAUGCUGGCCGCUCUGCUUGCCGUUAUCAGCCUUUUCACUGUGGGCAGGAAUGAUGCCGACCUGAGACUAGAAGGCACCAAACUGGAAGGAGAAAUCUGAGUUGAACAGUGAAUUAUACAUGGACUGUUGAAUUGAAUUUAUUAAAUGGGAUAGUUCAGUGUUCCCCAACCCUGUUCCUGAAGGCACACCAACACAUUUUCAACCUCUCCCUAUUCAAACACACCUAAAUCACCUGAUCAGAAUAUUAGAAGAGACUCCAAAACCUGAAAUGAACGGGUCAGGUAAGGGAGACAUCCAAAAUAUGUACUGUUGGGGUGCUUCCAGGAACAGGGUUGGGAAACACUGGGAUACACCCUUGAGAUGAACCAUCUCAUUUUCGAGGGGGGUCCCUAAAAAGUACUUGAAAGAAAGAGUACAACACAUCAAAACAAACAGAGAUUGUGGACUGGGUUUUUUAUAUCCUUUUUUUCCUGAUGCAUUCUGUCUUGGUUAAACAAUUGUAUUCAUGGGUAAAUGCAAAUGUUAAUAGAACCAAUAAACUCCUUAAAAUCGGAUGUAUUUACUAAAAUGUGUUUGGGAAUUAAAUCGAGCCGCGAUAUGUUCAACAAAUCAAUGAAGUUUUUGUAUUAAA